AUGUUCUGGCGCUUCGGUGGAUAUGCAAAUAUAUCCACUCUCAACAACAUCCUUGAGAAGCCAGAUGUCACCCUCGAAGAGGUCCUCGAUGAGGCAGAUCUCAUCCAAGAAUUGAAACAAUCAAACUCGAAGCUCAUUGAAUUUCUUCGGGACGAGAACGUGCUGCGGCGAUUAUUAGAGUAUGUGACCGCUCCGGAAACGCCGAGACCGGAGGAGGACGAGGAAGUAGAGGAAACCGAGGAUGAGGAUCAGUUGCGAGAGAAGUCAAUGAGCCCGUUCCGAAGGUCUAGAGACAAGAAAGAGAAAUCUAGACGACGAGAGGACGUUGAAGAUUGGGAGAAGGCAGACAAAACCCGGACGAAGCUUGCUUACACUGCAUGCGAGGUUCUUUCCUCCGAAACAUGGUCUAUCACGGAGUCAUUAUUGGAAAGUCACCAAUUGCUCAGGACUUUCUGGGACUUUCUGCGGACAGAAGCUCCACUUGAUGCCACUGAGGCUGGGUACUUCACAAAAAUCAAUGAGACAUUACUGGACAAGAGGACAGACCGAAUGGUCUCAUUUCUACAGUCUCUCGAUUUUGUCAUCCCAGCGAUGCUCCAGCACAUUGACUGCGCUGCUAUCAUGGACCUAUUAUUGAAAAUCAUCAGUAUGGAGAAAAGCGAGGGUGGCUUUGGCGUGGUUGACUGGCUACAAAGUCAAGAUGUCAUACCUAGGUUGCUGUCAUUCUUGGAGGAAGACCACCCACCAAGUACUCAAACUGCUGCAGGAGACUUCCUGAAGGCCAUCGUCACGAUUUCUGCCAAUGCUUCACAAAAUGAACAAUCUUGUAUAGGGCCCAACAACUUGACAAGACAACUUGUAUCGAAAACGUGUAUGGAAAAAUUGUUGUCAAACAUGCUAAGGGGCGGCAACCCUCUUACGGUGGGGGUUGGGUUGAUAAUCGAAAUCAUAAGAAAGAAUAACUCGGAUUACGAUCCCGAUAUGGUAUCUGCUCCAGAUUCAAUCCCCUCAAGCAACGAUCCAAUAUACCUCGGCACUAUGUUGCGAUGUUUCGCCGAAAGAGUACCGGAUUUCAUGGAGCUCCUGCUAAGUCCAACACAUGCUGCUCCUGGUCGAGAUGGUAAAGUCCAAGUGAAAAGGAAAGAGCUAGGCGUUGCUUUUGGAAACAAGAUCGAGCCACUCGGGUUCGAUAGAUUCAAAACCUGCGAGUUGAUGGCCGAAUUGCUUCACUGUAGCAAUAUGGGGCUUCUCAAUGAACGUGGCAGCGAAGCAUAUAUACGUCAGCGAGACGAAGAGAGGGAAAGGCUGAGAGCGCAGGGGCAGCUUAAACAAAUCCGGCCUCCAGACUCUGCUGUGACUGAGUUCUCCGAAGACAGCGCACCGUUUACAAACGGCGUAUCACCCCUAGGACCAGGUCUAGCCAACGAAGAGACUAGAAAACUGGGUGUGGCUAAUAACUCGUCCGAAGAUGAUGGCUUUGAAGAUGUCGGCCAUCCUGCCGAGGAGGUCGAUGAGAUCAAGGAUGAUUUUGACGAAAAGCCUCUUUUUGAAAUAGAAGCGACACCAGCAACGAUUCCCGAGCUCUCGAAGUCAACAAAGCCACGCCUCGAUCUGGAUGAAGAAUUUGUCGACGAGCCUCUUACUUCCCCAAGACUUGAAGCGGUCGACGAAAAAGACAUCGGCAUACCUGAAGACGCUGUUCCUGAGCCGUUGCACCCUCAUUCUUCGGCGUCUCCCACUUCGCCCACUUCUGGUCUGACAACCGCCGUAGGAAGUCUUGCUGUUGACAAUGAUAUAGCUAUGACGAACCACGACUCAAGCUCUGAUGAGUCGUCAGAUUCAACAGUCCCGGAACUUCCUGGCAGUAAUCAAAUCGAUGCCGCGCCGCCGCUACCGAAACGUGAUCAAGAUCAACAUAGAGCAUUAGAGGAGACGGAUAUGGCCCAAGACUUCUCUCCCCAUCCUGAGGACAAGCCUGCACCGCUUUUUGCAGGUGGAUUGGAGAGCGCAUCAAACAAGACCAUUAACACCAUCCAAGGCGAAGACGGAGACAGCUUUCGUUCCAUCAACGCAGCAAGCAGCGACCAGGCUUUCAACCCGCAAUUCGAGUACGACUUCGAUGGCCAACCCAUGGUUGGCGAUUUCCUCAAAAUCAUGUUUGUUGAGCAUCAGGUGGUGCCAACAAUACUCGACUUCUUCUUUCGAUUCACUUGGAACAAUUUUCUACACAAUGUGGUUUAUGAUGUUGUCCAGCAGGUCUUCAAUGGCCCGAUGGAUAGGGGCUAUAAUCGUUUGCUCUCCAUUGAUCUUUUUCAGAGCGGACGUAUCACGCAGCGAAUUAUAGAGGGUCAAGCGCAAAGUGACGAAGCCCAAAGAAAGACCAACAUGCGUCUUGGCUACAUGGGCCACCUUACACUUGUAGCAGAAGAAGUCGUCAAGUUCAGCGACCGAAACCCUCCAGAGUUACUUUCCUCGGUCGUGCUCGAGAAAGUGACAAGCCAGUCAUGGAAUGAAUAUGUUGAACAUACCCUCUCCGAGACACGAGAAAGGGACAACGCUAUUCUUGGAGGCGUACGACCAGAUACAUCAUUAGGUCCGCGUCAAGCUGUGCUGAAUGCAGUCAAUGCCGCAGGCAGCAGUUUUGGAGGGGGCACUUCGAGCGUUCUCGCGAAUGCAGGUCUCAAUGGUGGCGCCACCGGUCUUGACUCAAUGGACCUUGCAAGUAAUGGAAGUGGGACAUCCAAUGGUGGCUUUGGCCUUGGUAGUGGCUCUCUAUUAAGUGGCUUUGGAAGCUCAAGCGAUGAGGAGGAUGAAGAGAUGGAGGAGAUGGAGGAGGGGGAUACUGGCGCUGGCCAGGAUGCUUUCCUUUCGUCGCAUCUUAAUUCAAGCACCUCACCUCCUAGCGAUCCACCACCCGCCCCUCCACCACUCAAUCUUCCGCCCAGCCGUGCUCGUCGCCAGCUUGCAGCUCGCCUGGCGUUACAUAGCCAGCAAAAAGCCGAGGCCGAAUAUUCCACCGGCAAAGAUGAUACCGAACCACUGAGUAGUACUGAGAAUCUUGAAGUUGUUCAUGACGAUGACUCUGAUGAUGAACGACACAGUUGGGAUGGACAUGAUAUUUCGCAAGAUGAUAGCUUAGAAGAAGCUGAACAAGGCGGAGCUCCAGAAUCGGGUAGUGAAAUUCAUGUAACAGAGACCGAGGCGAAGAAGAAGUCCACUCCAACAGCAUCGAAGCACUUGGAUCUUGAAGAUUUUGCAAACAGUCCGGCGGCGGACGCUGAUGAUACCCCAGACAAUGAUGAAGACGUGGAGAUGCGAGUCGCUUUAGGCUGA